CGAAAAGACUUUUCAAUUUUGCUUUUGGAAAGGGAAGGAUCAAAUCAAAAGAGUAAAGUCAUGCUUAUCUCAUCAAUUUUCAAUGUUUUUUCCAUUUUUAAUAUGGCGCGUAGAAAAACUGGAGAGGUUGGCGCGUGGAAAGAAUCCCAAAAACACAAUUCAGUUUUCAUGGAGUCUUCCUCUCUCAGGGAAACCUGAUCUCCCACGCAAAAAGAAGCAUAACAAAUUACACUGAAAAAAAAAAAAACGUAAUUCUCUUUUUUUAUUUUUCUUAUUAUUGAAUUUUCACUUGGAAUUCUUGAAUUCAUUUCCAAUCGAAGUUUCAAUCAGCAGAUUUUCUCACAUUGUGGUAGUGUGGGAUUGUAAUAUACCAAGAACCAGUAGUGUUAUAUGGGCAGUGGACAUAAGUAAAAGGAAUGGGAGGUUGCUGCUGUUGCUCUUCUGGACGAGUUGAAAUAAAUAGUGCACCAUCAUAUUUUUACUACCCAAGAGCGUCAGAUGAGCAUGUACCUUUAUCUUCUCACAGUGGUGCUGCCUCUGCCCUCUCAACCGGGCUCCUGGUUGACACAAAUCUGGUGGUAUCUGUUCCUGAUGCUUAUAGACCUCCUCCUGCUCCAAUGCCGUUCGAUGCAGUUUUAGGACCUCCUCAAACUCCUUCAGUGGCCCAAGGAAUUCAUAACAGUAAGAGCAAUGAAGCAGUGCAAACAACAAAUGUCGAUUCAAGUCAAGAAACAGUUGCUGUCAAUACCCUAGAGACUUCUAUAAAAUCUGGGGACAUAAAGGAAUUGGUCUACAAAGUGGAGUCCAAUACCGAAAUUGAGUCACCAAAGGGGCUAGAAGUUGAACUUUCAAAACUAGUUGAACCGAUUGUGUCUACAAAGGAGGAGGAGGUGGAUGUUUGUCCCACCUGUUUGGAAGAGUAUGAUGCUGAAAAUCCUAAAAUUAUCACAAAAUGUGAGCAUCAUUUUCACCUUGCAUGUAUUCUUGAAUGGAUGGAAAGAAGUGACACAUGUCCUGUGUGUGAUAAGGAAAUGAUAUUCGACCUAGCCACUGAUUAGGUUCCUGGUGGUGGACUGAGCUUUAGCUGCUUGAAAUUAAGUUUGUUGCAAAGGUUACAACUUACCACACAUCAACAUUUCAGUUUUUUACCUUUUCCCUCAUUCGUUGUCAUAUAUUUCGUGGCUGCUGCAAAUUUGGCAAUAGUUUGGUGGAUUUCUGUUUCUUCAUUUCCUUUUUCUGCUUGAUUUUAUAAGAGAGUCAUGCCUAUUUGUGAG